CAAUGCUAGAGAAGCCGGAAGCUAAUUCGUCGCUAUGAUUUAAUAGAAAAACACGUACUGGAUCUGGAUUUGUUACAUUUGGAUAAAUAAAUACCCUUAUUUAAUCCUGUUAUGAGAAAGGAUAUUAAAACAUGAGUUUUUGUUCGUUACAGAUACUCCAGUUUUGAGACGACGUUUAGGCGGCUGGGAUACAACGGACACGGAUGAAAUGGACAAAACAGACAACGGCACACCAGAAGACCUUCGACCAAAGCAGAGGAGAAGAUCACAAAACCUAAACACCAGAAAGGGGCGUUUAUCUACUGAAGUCCGAAAAAGAGAGAAGGAAAAGCCACAAAAAGCACAACAAAAAGAAGAUAAAAGUUCGAAGGAGCUUCAACUGAACAAUCUCGUUGUAUUGAGAGUUGGAGAAGAGAAAGUUAAUGUCGACAAAGAAACACUGAUCGUUUCAAGUGAAUAUUUUAAAGCACUGUUUUCGGGUCAUUUUUCCGACUCCGAUGCUAAAGAGCUUGAUCUAACAAAGGACGUGGAGAAAAUAGAAGAUCUAAGAAUUUUGUUGGAUUUUAUAAGCAACGGUAAAGUAGAAAUAACCAAGCACAACUUGAGUCAGGUUUUGAAAGUAAGUUCCUUUUUCCUUGUAGACAGUUUAACUGAAAAAUGUGCCAAGUUCAUGUCGGAAACAACGUCAUUAGAAACAUGUGUGCAACACUAUCUCAUUGCCUCAAACUACGCCUUACCUAAACAUUAUACACGGAAGUUUCAAUCGUUACUGGAAACCAGAUUUCACGAUUAUAUCAUUUAUGAAGAAGAUGUAGCUUCAUAUCUCAAUGACGAGGAGCUCAAGCAGUUAAUGUUGUCGGGUAUCAUGAAACAUUGCUCCAAGGAAAGCCUUUUCAAUUUCUUAUUAAAAUGGUUGUCCAAAAGUCCGGAGCUGACAGACAAACAGUUUACGUUAGUAGCUGAUAUAAUCCAGUAUUUUGAACAGUGUAAAACCGCUCAAACAGUUCCGUUUCAAUGUGAGAAAAAGAAAACGAUUGCAAAUAUAAAUAGAAUGGCAGUCGCUCUUCGAAAGUCAUGUGAGCCUGAAAUGUUGCAAAAAUUCCGUCUACUUUUCAACAACUUUCUCCGUAGCAAAGAACAUGUAUUUGAACACUUAGAUAAACAUACUAGUGUCGGGAUAUUUACAUUUUCAAAGAGAACAUGUAUCAACAGAGCGUCGACUAAAGACAGAAAUGACCCUAGCUGUCGCUUUCUUGUGUCGCCAAAACGUUGCCAAGAAUUGUUGGUUGGUCCGAACGAAACAUGUGAUCUGUGCGUGUAUCAACCGGAUUCGAGAGUUUGGUUUCAUAUUGCCACUUUUGGUGAAGAUAAGUAUUUUGAACAGGUUGACGGACGCCCUUACCAACCAACCACACAAAUGCGUCAACAACAUGCAGCUAAUAUUUUCUGUGACAUUGUAGUGACUGGCGAGGAAAUGAUGUUUCGUGAUAUCAGUAACAAAUGCAGACUUGUGAGGUACAACUUCAAAAGCAAACGCUGGACAAAUUUCAACAUCAAGGAUAUAAUAGUAGCUGCCGAGAACAUGACACAUUUUCAGUUUGAAUAUGGGAGAAAUGGUGUUCUAUACCUUAUAACAAGAAACACGAGACAGUUUGCGUCACACCUAAUCGAGUUUCGAGGAUAUACUUUUGACCUUACAGGUCUUGCAUUGCAACCAAUAUUUUCAACUGAGGGUAUUUUGGAAAGACGAGGAGAAAGUUUCAAAGAGUGGUCUCAUAUGACCGUCAAACGCAGCUCCGUAUCAAAUGAAUUAAUCAUUCUUUUCACGAAAGGAGUAGGUGAAAACCUUGCUAUCCUGGUUGACCUUGGCCCACUCGAGAAUGGAGGUAAAGCAAAGUCAUAUACUCUGUUGCACAAGGAAUCGCUUGAUACGACAAAAUGUGAAGAGUUAAUGUUUGUUGAUGUUGACAUUCUUGAAACGGACGAUAGAUUCUUAAUUGUAUCAUCUGCAAAUCGAGUUCUUACAAUCAAAUAUCAAUACAAGUUUCACUCAAAGGUAUUAGAAUUUGUUGAAAACGGACCGCAAUAUCACUUGUCUCCAAAAUGCGACAGACACGGUGAGAAGGCGAACCGGUCAACCUUUCGAGAUUCUUACUGGGAAAUGGACGAAGAAUAUGGGUUUGGAAGUCACAACAGAAAAAUAAAAUUCAGUACUUUUGGAGAACCAGACAUUGAGUUUCACACGCCGCCACCAUUUGUUGAUACAGUCUCAGUGUGUGUAGCGGAAGUCAACAAAAAUAUAUUCUCGGAUCUUGAACCCGUCAAACAGUACUUGUAACUCUCGAAGAAACCAUCCCAACAGUAAAUGGGUUGGCCGAGUGAUAAAACAGUACAUACAGGUUUAAUUAAAUUUAAAACCCCGUCAUUUCUCUGAAAGAGAUGGGUUAGCUGAGUGUUUACACAGUGCUUCUAAGUUAAGCUAGAUUGAAUGAGACUAUUAUCUCGAAUUGAUACUAUUUUUAACCAAACUUGUUUUCAAAAUAUGCAACCUUGUAUCUGUUGUAAAAAACGGAAGAAGAAGGCGGAUUGCCUUCUAAGUAACUACUUUUUAGUCCAUGUUCAAAACUAGAUAUGCUGUUAUAUUUUUAAUUGCCUCAGUUUUGAAAAUUAACAUAAUACACACAUAAAAACGGUUUCUAAAGUUACCUUUGAUAACCUUUUCUGAGAAAGCAUCCGUUUUCCCCAUGUUUCGGUGUUUCAGCAAUAUUAGCUAACAUUCUGAUAAAAAGUAAUUUUCUUCAAAAUCGUAUCGAUAACCUAUCAGUAACUGACACAAUAAUUAUGUUCCUAGAUCAAGCAACGAUAACCGUACAGUGUUUUGAGACGCGUACUUUUUUUGCUGUGCUAUUCGUGACUGGAAAAACAUGCGUGAAAACUGAAGAACGUUACAAAUAAGAACAAAUAAACACUUGUUUAAUUCGGCACGUUUAAAAAUGAUUGAAAUGUCGUAUAUUUUUAAGUGAUGUUCAUACUAAUUGUAUUUGCCAUCUUAGAAAUGUAUAAUUGUGAUAAAUGCUCGUGGUUUUCUAUUUCAUAAUUAGCUAGUUUUUUUAUGGUAAUACUGUUCAUGUCAGGUACAGUGCCCGUGCGGACUGACCAUACAGCUUGGCAUCUGACAGUGUCGCUCGACAGUUUAAGUAAAAAAAAAGCAUUUUUGUAACGUAAUAAAAAAAACACAUAUUUAUGUGUUUACGAGUAUACAGUUUUCAUUUUAGUUUUAAAAUAUAAUUAAGGCGGGGGAUCCAAUGCAUUUAAUGUUGUUUCAAUGGGUUACCCAGACUGCCAAAUCAUAUAAACUAUCUUCAAAUUUAAAGCAAUAGUGAUAUAUUGUGAUGUAUUUGUAUCUGGAUCAUUUUUAUCUGUACAUGUAUUGUUACACCUUGAAUCUAUUACAAAAAGAAGUUGUUGCUUUUAAUUCAACAUAGUGAAAAUUAAGUAAGUGUUCUUUUAUUGUUUCAAAAUUGUGGCAAAUGAAAACUUCAAGUAAAAUUAUUAUAUAUCUUA